CUAAAUGCAAGAUUGACAUAUCGACAAAUUACGACCUUUGACUACGCUAGUUGAGGGGUUGGCGCAUUUUGCCACAGAGAGGGUUCGACCGGUUCGUAUGUUUCGUAUCUUCUUGAAUUCAAAAAGUUUUAUUCUUAAAGAGAUUGAUAACUGAUAUGAUAAAAGGCGGUACUCGCGUCAUCGUAGUGUUUGUUGAAUAGAAAAUGCCCGGUACGAAAUACAAGCAGCUGUGCACUAAGAGCGAUGUUGAUGAAGACGUGUUUACUAGCAAACCCAAGUCGAAAUGGGGCGAUGUGUGUCUGCAAAAAGGGCUCUUAUCUCUGGGCCUCAUCUUGCUUUAUUUUUCUUUAUCAAUCGGCCUUACUUUCUACCAACGCUGGCUGCUAAGGGACUUCAAAUACCCAUUGACGGUGGUGAUGUACCACUUGGUUGUGAAGUGGUUGCUGUCUGUGCUAGUGCGUUCCGUGCUGUACUGCAUCACGAAGACCCCUCAGCUGGUGUUGCCUCUCGGGACUAGCAUCCGGUCCGUGGCUCCGACCGGCCUGUCCAGCGGCAUCGACGUGGGCUUCUCGAAUUGGGGCCUGGAGCUCGUCACCAUAUCGCUGUACACAAUGACGAAAUCGACAACGAUCAUUUUCAUUCUCGGCUUCGCGAUAAUUCUCGGUUUGGAAAAGAAGUCUUGGUCUCUCGUGGGCAUCGUCCUCAUGAUCGCGGCGGGCCUUAUCAUGUUUACUUACAAAGCGACCCAGUUCAACAUCGAAGGAUUCAGUUUUCUACUCCUAGCGUCUUUUGCGGCGGGUCUACGUUGGACCUUCGCUCAACUUCUCAUGCAGAAGGCGAAGCUGGGACUCCAUAACCCAGUGGAUAUGGUGUUUCACGUGCAGCCUUGGAUGUUUUUAGCCCUGAUACCAUUUACAGCAAUUUUUGAAGGCCUGGAUUGCAUCAUGUUCCUACUAGGUCUACCCGACGAGUUGUUACUCCCAACUGUCUUGAAGGUGACCGUUGGAGCCACGAUCGCAUUCGCAAUGGAGAUCAGCGAGUUCCUGGUCGUAACCUACACUUCGAGUCUGACGCUGUCCAUUGCUGGAAUAUUCAAGGAGAUGUGCAUACUGGUCUUAGCGGUGAAGGUGAGCGGCGAUCAGCUCAGCCUCAUAAACGUGGUCGGUCUUGCGGUGUGUCUGCUCGGGAUCAUUGGCCACAUCGUCCAUAAGAUGUUGAUCAUUAGAGCCGUCGAGAGUGCCGUUGUUGUCGAAGUCGAUAACUUCGAGGCUGUCAAGAACAGGUCCCCGAAUAAAGACGAAACAGAUGAACCUCUACUGACGGAGAAGAGUUGGCUUAGCGAAGACAGCGACGUAGACGCUAACGUGGUGCUAUACGAAGUAUUGCAGAGACGCGACGGACAUUAACAUUUGAAUGCAUUGAAGCGACACAACAUCGAGGCAACUCUAUACUACACAACUAUACACACUAUGAAGAAUACCAGCCCGAUUGUGUAUAAGAAUCGCGAACACAUUAAUACCUCCUGUCGUGAAUAUUUUCAAGAAAAUUAAUAGUGAAUCGUUAGCACAAUACACACAGAUUCUAUUUAAUGUAUAAUUUUUACUUAUAUAAAACUCAAACGUACAUAAAUGUACACGUUUAUAUUUGAAAUACGAGUGCUGACGAUGUUGUGUAGUUUUAGUCGGAAAAUGUUUUAAAGCUAGCAACACCGGUAUUGUAACGUCUAUGGAACGCGCGACGGCUAUAGUUCGAAUCUGAUGAACCGCUCGCCCGUAUGAGUACGUAAGCUAAGAACGCUGUAUACGAUGUUUUGUCUCAUUCACGCUUGCGGCAUUCGCACGCGGGUAACACGAAUAGAAAAUGCACCGUAGGAUAGCAUACUAAUGAUCUGUCAAAGCAGAUACAAAGAGACAAAACCUCACCAGUUGUUCAAUGUUUUCCAUUUAUAAAAUAUAAUCGUAUAUUCUAUAAUGCAUAGUGAUAAAUAUAUUUUUAUAAUAUUAUUAAUAUUAAGCGUUCUAAUAAUCAAUUUUCAUAUUACGAAAGACUAGUCUACAUAUAGAGAAUUGUAUAAAUGACUGCUUUAGAACAGUUAAAAUUUUAUUUAUCUACUUACAUAAAAUAUGUAUAUACAAAAAAAGACGCGCGAUUUUUACAAACGUAGAUGCAAUCGGUAUAUUUAUAUAAUUUUAUUUUUAAAAGACUUUUAUUAUAUUUGUUGUUUUUGUUGUUUGGCGUUAUGCAAAUAUUGCAUUUUAUUAGAUUAUAAGUUGACUUAUAGUUUUGUUAUCGUUUAGUUUAUACCUGUUACUAAUAACAUUCCAAAUAAAAUGAGUAUAAAAAUAAUAAUAAUUAAAGCCAUUGUAGUUUACAAAUCUGAAAAUGGUCGUUUUCGAUAAUAGCAACACCAUGAUCCAUACAUAACUCCAUGAUGUAAUGUACAGUAACAACAUAAAACCAUUUUUUCUUUACCAAAAUGCAGUCUCUGGUGUAUCCACUUGACACAAGGGAUUUUAUGUUUGACUUUUGAAAGGUUUGAAUAGUCUUUAUUCCAAGGCAAUAGGGGCGUUCAUCUUACACCUCGAGGUGGGGUGAGGUGCCGUGUGUAGGAUACCGUAUUUUUUUUUUUUGGAGUUUACCUUGUUUACCGUAACUGGCAGCUCGGUGAUACCAGCUCUCAGCACGUCUGAUGUCCAGUUUUUUUUUCCAUUUUUUUUAGUAGCCUAAGGGGGCUAUACCAGCUACGCCCGGACGGGUAGGUGAGCUCAUGGGCUCAAGUUGAGAGACUCUAGCAAGAGCAGUGCUUCGCAGAAUCUACCACCGGAUCGGAAACGCGACCCCCUGAGAGAUCCGGCGAGAAACUCAGUGGGCUGUGUCUAUGGGUUAGAAUGAUUGCCGUCGUCCGCCUCAAGACGUGAGGUAUAAGUUUAAAGUACAUUGCAAUCAGGCCGCUAGUAUGAAUGUUUUGUGGCAGCAAUGAUUGUCUUAAUUUCGAUUAAAAUUCUACGAUUUAAUCUCCCGUUUUUUGUUGUUGUUGUAGUGUAUAGUUUUCGGACCAUAAAUCGUAAUAGUAUGGUUUUAUUUAUGUCUACGACUUUGGAAAUCCGAAGAAGUUACUUAAUGAGUUAUAUACAUAUAUACCGUCUUUUCGCAUUAAAAGUGUACAAUUUCCAAAAAUAUUCGAAAUUUAGUUAAUAUGCGGCAUCAUUUGGAAUCACCAUUAUUUUUCUCUCUAAAUACUGUCAAAAAAGCGUAGCUUAGUUUUAGUUUUUUUUUUAGUUUACCUAUAUUUUGACUACUAUUAACAAAAUGAAUGCAUAAUUUUAUCUUACCUUAAAAUACAGAUAAUGUAACUGGUAAAAACUAAAAAAUAAAUGUUGCAAAGAUGAUUAAUAUUAAAAAUAUAAUAUGUUAAACCUUUAAACCUUAAAAUUUAGUAAGUUUUGAUAAUAUACUAUAACUAUACUAUAACGUAUAAGUUUUAAUGCGAGAAGAAGAUUUAUGUAAGGGAAGGCUGUUCGCCAGUUCUCAAUUAUUAUUUUUUUGUUUUCGCGAUGUACAGACGAGUACACGGCCCACCUGAUGGUGAGUGGUUGUUGUUGCUCAUGGACGUCAGCAAGCACAAUCAAGUUUAUUGCCGGGGACCCUCAAAAGUUGCCAACUAUGUGGUUUUAUUAUGUAUAUAACGCAUGUAACGCAGUGUGGGACGGUCACCUACCAGAUGGACCGACGACCUGGUGAAAAUUGAUGGGUCACGUUGGAUGCAGGUGGCAACGGAACGGCCGCACUGGACAUCAGUUGGAGAGGCCUAUGUUCAGCAGUGGACAGUAGACAGGCUGAGAUGAUGAUUAUGUAUAUAUAUUUUGUUACUAAAGCGUGUUUUUCUACAUCCUAUUGUAUAGAUUUAAUUAAUUUAUUAGAUAUUUUUAACGAUAACAAGUGCCGAUUCUCACCUUGUGUUACGCAAGUAUACGUUUAAAAUUCGAUGAAAUUAUUAUAAAAGUAGGUACCUACCUAUAAGUUUGAUGAAAUGAAAUUAUCGAUGUACUUUUAUUAAUUUACAAAUCGUAAAAUGUUUUUAAUCUAUAUUUCACAAGAAUAUACAUCUGCGUAAUAAUAAUAUAUUAUAAAUAAUAAUUAUUUACAGUCAAUCUGUAUCCCAAAUGAAAUUAUCGAUGAACUUCUAUUAAUGUAUGAAUAGGAAAAUGUUUUUAAUCUAUAUUUCACAAGAAUAGACAUCGGCGUAAUAAUAAUAUAUUAUAAAUAAUAAUUAUUUACAGUCAUAAUCUGUAUCCCAAAUGAAAUUAUCGAUGAACUUCUAUUAAUGUAUGAAUAGGAAAAUGUUUUUAAUCUAUAUUUCACAAGAAUAGACAUCGGCGUAAUAAUAAUAUAUUAUAAAUAAUAAUUAUUUACAGUCAUAAUCUGUAUCGCACAGUGCUCAAUGUUUCACUUUUAGUCGAUUGUGCUAUAGUGUUAAACUUUAGUACUCGUGUGCUCACUUGCUGUGCUCACAAGACCUGUUCAAAUAAAAUUAAGUAAAGUGCAUUUUUAUUAUAGCCAUUGUGUAACGUGAUGCGAAUCGAACGUAUAUUCCUGUAGUCUAACAACAUUCCCGAAUUUAAAGCUUCGUUUGAAGUUGUUAAGCGAGAAGGAAGCAAUCAAUUGAAUAUAUAAUUUCGAAAAGGGCACAUCUCUGAAAAUGUAAAAUGUUCAGGAAAUGAAAAAAAAACUGAUUAUUUUCUAAAGCAGUGUAAAAUUUAAAAUAUUAACUUUUUAGAUAUUUUUUAGUGUUUAUUAGCAAUUGAAAAUUACUGUAAUUAUUAUAAAAUGAGUGCAGGUAAACCUCAAACUACAUGUAUAUGAAAAAACGUAUUUGACAAAAUAUGCGACAUGUGCCCUUUUCGAAAUUGCAUAUUCAAUUAAAAUGAUUGCUAAAUAACGUGCUAUAAAGACCUUAUGUAGGGAUUCCAAGAUUUUUUUGCAAUAUUUAAUGGCUAUAAAGGUGAGAAACAUUUAGAAGUAUGAAAUCAGUGUGUGUCUUCAAAUGUCAUUUGUUACUGAUAUAAUGCUUCUCAAGCGCACUGUGUCCCUCUCGCAUAACAACCUUAUCCGAAACUAAAACUUUAAAUUCGAAAAUAGUUCCUAAAUAACCGUGCCCAGUGAAUUUAUUAUGUAUAUAAUACUGUUCUGAGGUUUUUUUUCUUUUUUAAUUUAAAUCAAACAUUCCUUUGUUGUAAACUCAAGUGUGAGUUAGUUUUGUGUGGUUGAUGUUAUGUCGAAUGUUGCCAAUAAAAAUAUAACCGGCAGUUUCAGAACGGAGUUCGUUGUAAAUUGUUAGCAAUUGUUUAGAUACAUUUGAUGCGAAAUCGAUUAUAAAAUUUGAAAUUAAUAAUAUUGCCAUCACAGCACAGUAUGGUGGUGGAUGGUAAUUAUUUUAAUUUAAAUCUGCUGUUUGUUAUGAUCGUUUUACAAUUAUCGAAACUGUUCAAUAUAUAAUCGUCUUUUCGCAUUACAAGUGUACAAAUUGAGUUAAUAUGCGGAAUCGUUUGGCAUCACCAGUAUUUUUCUCAUAAAUACUGUCAAAAGAGCAUAAUUUAGUUUUUUUUUUUUUUUUUAGUUUUCCAUAUGUUUUGACUAUUAUUAACAAAAUUAAUACAUAAUUUAAUCUUACUUUAAAAGACAGAUAAUGUAACUGGUAAAAAAAAAUGUUGCAAAGAUGAUUAAUAUUAAAAAUAUCACAUGUUAAACCUUUAAAACAUUCUCCUAUAAAAUUAGUAAGUUUUGAGAUUAUACAGUUUUAAUGCGAGAAGACGAAUUAUGUGGGCACUGACUUAAGCCAAAAGAAUCCUAACAGUAAAAUUUUCGAAUAAAAAGCUAACGUGUUCCAAUAUAAAAAAAAAAAAAAAUCGAACGAGUGCAUGAAAAUUUAAACAGUCGUGCUGUCUCAGAGAAGGUUUUCGUUACAGUAUUAUCAUCGAAAGCAAGAUGGCGUCACAUCUUUUUUUUUUAAAUAAUUCAAUAUUUUUCUUCAUUUAGAGUCGCGGCUUACAUUACACUCAGUCUAUUACGAAUGAAUAUGUCACCGAUCCGUAUUUAGCCUAACGAUUUGGAGUCACUGGAAAAUAUCUAAUAAGGUAUGCAACUAUAGGCCCAAUGGCUUGUUGUUAGGGUACAUGAUCCCGAAACUGGCCCUUUAUUCUUAGGUUCAAGCGUUUCAUUUUCACUAACGAAGACCGGUUGAAAGCAAAAAGACUUAAAAAAAAAAUAUAGACGUGGACGGAUCCUAAUGGAAUUUAUUUUACACAGUCUAUUGUGGACGGAUCCUAAUGGAAUUUAUUUUACACAGUCUAUUGACUGAAGUUAAAUGUUGUACUUAUAUCCGGCAUGACAAGACAACUCGGCUGAAAAUAAAAAAAAUAUUUAACCAUUGAAACAUUUAUAAAUUAUUAUUUUUUAAGUUCUCUUUAGGUUGUGAUCUUUGUUGUAUUUUAUUUUUAUUUUAAAUAUUUUGAAUGAAAGUCUUCACCGUACAACGAUAAAAACUAUUAAACGUCCAUUUAAUUUACUAUAAAAAUUGUUUAGUUUUUUUUUCUACCUUAGUGCCCAAACAAGCGUAAUCAUAUAGAUAUAUUACAAAUAAUCAUUGGUAUGUAUUCUACGUAAUUUAUGAUAAUAUGAUUAUGAUAAUAUAUAUAAUGUUUAUAAUAUAAUUACGAUAAUAGAUUUUCGUGCACUUGUAGUAACAGCAGAGUAAAACUUGUAUUUAGUAUGCUUUUAUGCGAUAUGAUUACUGAUUUUGAAUCUUAUUUGGCAUAUUUGGAUUUUGAUUCUUAUUCUUUUUUUUUUCAUGAAUAAAAAUACAGUUAUGGCAUAUGAAUGGAGUAACUAUUCUCAUGAAUUCAUAAUUAAAAAAAACAAUGUCUGCAGUUAGUAUAGUAUAAUACAAUUUGUGUCAAAUAGAAUAUUUAAAGAUUUCUAAUUACCUCCUUUUUAUUGAUAUUGAAAUAUAAACAUUGUAUUUGUCCUGCCUCUAUUGGUAAAAAAUAGCAGUAAUGAAAUGCUGAUAAGAUCCCUUAUCCAAUGUAAUGAUAGUUUUAAAAUUAUGACUUCAAAGUCAUAACGUUUUAGACAUGCCUAAUGUGACAUACAAAUAUUUAUACAUUUUUUGUGGCUUUGCCAAGUUUAUAUUCAAAUCGCAUCCGUUUUGUAUGAUACUAUGCGUGACUCCGCGAUUACUCACAAGAGGUCGCUAGUUCGAAAUUUAAUCGGUGUCUCAAAUGCUUUCAGCUCUUCUGAAACUCACGUACGUAAUGCGAAGGAUUUCUUUCGUAAUGGCGGUGUCAGAGGUACAGCCAGCACCCUGUCUAAUGGUAGUCUUCUCAUUGAAAUCGGCAUCGAUGAAAAUUCCCAAAAUUUCGGCUCCGAUUUUAACGAGUAACUUAUGCAUAAUAUUAUAAUAAUAUAAUACUAAUUAGCUAAUACAUACGCACAAUACUUAUAAGUCUUAUCACGUAAUAUAUUCAAAGGGAAAUAAAUGUAUUUUUUGACAUUAACCUUCAUCACACGUUUUUACAUAAAUAAUGUACCUAUCUAAAAAGAUAACAUAAGACAAAAUGUACAUAUUUUAUAUUAUUAGAGAUUCGUAUUUUAUGAAAUGUUAUUGAGAUUCGUAAUAAAUUGAUAUGUUCAGCAUGAAACUAAAAGGAUAUUUGAUUAAAUUUUAAACCAAGCAAUUAUUACAUAAUAUAUUUUUCAAUUAUAUUAAAGUUAGUCAGAAACCAUUACAACGGUAACUAAUACGGUUUAAUGGCCCUUAAAUUAAAUUAAAUAUAAAUAAAAAAAAAAACACAUUUUCUAAUUUCGAUUAAAGUCUUGUUUUCUCAGUCAACUUUUAUAUUGAAAUAAUUUAGAUUUCGGAUCCACUUUCAUUAAAAUGUUUUUUAAUCAUAAUUUUGACAAUUGCUAGAAGGACUAUUAUUAUCAACACAGAAUACAGUUAAUUAUGUUUCAAAUGUGGUAGGAAUCUACUAGUCAAUCAGCACGCGUAGACAAUAUCGUCUUAUUUUUGGCGCGAACUAUUCGCGCGUUCUUGCACAGCAGGCCGGUCAAUGACCUAGGUACAUUCUUUGGACUUCAUAUUUAAAGGUAUCGGAGGGCGUUUAUGGCAAGUUUGGAAACAAUAACGAAAAAUGAUUAAUUGUGUAUUUUUUUAAUUGUAGCAAAAUUCUGGCUACGGAUCGUUCAAAUUACAAUCAUCUAAUAAAAUAAAAUCGAGAUAAAAUAUAUUUUUUAAAUAGUCCCAAUUAAAAUGUCGAAUCUUAAUUCGUUGAAAAACAUAUGAGAUUAUAAGUUAAAUCUCAGUGCAUAGUUGUAUCCUUAAUGCGUUUUAUAAAUAAAUACAUUGCUUAUUUAACAUCGGAAUCUCUGGUUGAGUUUGAUACAUAAAAUCUACUUAAUCAAUGUUAUUAUAUUAAGAUAAUAGUUAUCGCCUUUCGCCUAUCCCAGAACGUAUAGGUAACGCAUGUAAGGUAUCAAGGUGCUUUCAAAUUUGCAUCGACAAUGUUUGAUUUAUUAUAUUUUUUGUCUUUCAGCGUUCGCGCUAAUUAAUAUUUCACUAAACGAUCGUGGUAUCAGUUUUUGAAACUAACUUUUGUAUUUUCAUUAUUUUAUCAAAUAAAUAUUCUAAGCUUCUGAUUUUUUUUUUAUAUCUUAUCACAAAGAUAAAUAGGGAUGUAAGUAUUGUAUUUUUUUAAAUUUUGUUGUAUGGUAGCAAUGUAGUAACCAAAGACAAAUGUUCUGUUAGUUCGCCCGAGCUCUUAGUGGAUUGUAUAUUUUUGUGGUGCUUAAGAAUGAUUUGAAUAAAGCAAUUAUGUAACGAUUUAAAAAAAAAAACACGCUACAUCUAUGUAGCAUUAUGAAGGAAUUUAUUUAGUUGAAAAAUUACAAGCUGUGUGAAAUUUAGUCAUUGUAGUAUUAAUUUACAUUUACAUUUGAAUAUUAAAUUCAGUUAAUUGAUAUAAAUAAAGUGUAUUUUAUAUUCUGC